AUGGCUGUGAAUCCUUUAUUGACAGUUCCAGGGCAGCAGAAGAUCCCUCUGGUUCCAUCAGCAUUUGAACCUCCAGUUGUGGAGAGAGAUUUAUUGUCCUCCUCUGUAGCACCAGCUGAUUCAAGACAAUUUUGUAUUUCUUCCCAAUUUGGAUCCUCAGUUCUACCAAAUGUGAAUAUGCCAAACAUGCUUUCGCAUCGUGUCUACUCAGGCUGGGGUAUUUUACCACCUGAAUCUCUAAAGGCAAUGGCUAGAAGAAAUGAGAUGAUUCAAAGACAGCACACUGCCAGGAUGGAAAUGGAAAUGCAUGCCAUUUACCAGCAACGGAAAAUAGAAAAAGUUAACCCCACGGGACUAGCCGGCACAGUGCCUCCGUUCCUCUAUGGCUCUGAGACCUCAGCUGUCUCAGCCCCGUACCAUGGCAGGACCACACUCCCUGCAAGUGAUAUCCAUUUUCACAGAAGCACCUUGAGAAACCUUCCAGGAAACCCCGCGGUAGUGGCAACAGGUUCAAAUUUUGUAGAGAGCUGGAGGCAGAAAUGUCGGCGUCUCAGGAGAGGUACUGGAAAUCAGAAAGUUCUAGACAGUGAUACUGAGAGUUGCAAAAAUCAAAUAGAAGAAAAAGUCCUAGACCAGACUCAUGCAAUGCCUUGUGAAGAGAUUGAGUAUGCAAAAGACCCAGAAACUGAAGCUCUCAACAGCAAGUCAAAUGAGACCCAUGAGAUGUCAGCUACAGCCCUUGCCAACACUUAUGGAGAGCUCGAACCCACCUACAGAAAACCCUGGGGAACUCAUGGUGCUCUCCUGGAGAAAGAGGACUGGGACAGUGGAAAAGAGAAGGAAUCGGAGCAGGACUUUGCAACCUGUGGUGAGAAGAAUGGGGUUUACCCUCCAGUUCCUCCACCAUCUCUGCCAGGAACACAUGCGCUGGUUGCAAUCAGGGGAACUCUAUCUUUGGAUGAAGAUAUUCAGAAAUGGACUGUGAAUGAUGUGUACAACUUCAUCGGUAGCCUACCUGGUUGUUCAGAUUAUGCUCAGGUAUUUAAAGAUCAUGCAAUUGAUGGAGAAACGUUGCCAUUACUCACAGAGGAACACCUGCGAAGCACCAUGGGUUUAAAGCUAGGGCCUGCGCUAAAGAUUCAAUCACAGGUAUCUCAGCAUGUGCAAAGUAUGUUCUACAAGAAAAAUCUUUCACAUCCCUCCCAUACAAAAGAAGCUUUUGGUCAACCAACAAAUACAGCCCCUCUUAUGGAUUUUAAUUCCUGGGGUGAUACACUGGACAUGCCUUGUUCCCAGGAUAUAAUGGCUCCUAAAGGAACUGAGCAAGAUAGUAUGAGAAAUUAA